UUGUCAAAGUUCUGACGUUUCUUAUGUUUUGAGUUGGCUUUGCACGUGUUUUGGGCAUUGGAAUUCACAAUAUUGAAUUAUAUUUUCGUAGAUAAUUUAAUUUAAUUUAAAACGACAUAAUGCAACACGACGAUGUGGUAUGGAGCAUUAUAAACAAAUCAUUUUGCUCGCAUAAAGUCAAAACCGACACACGCACAUUCUGCAGGCAUGAGUACAAUUUAACUGGUCUGUGUACUCGCCGCACUUGUCCGCUGGCCAACUCGCAGUAUGCCACAGUACGAGAAGAAAAGGGUAUAAUAUACCUUUACAUGAAGACCGCCGAACGAUCGCAUAUGCCAAACAAAUUAUGGGAGCGCGUAAAACUAUCGCGCAAUUUUGAAAAGGCGUUGGAGCAAAUAAACGAAAACUUAGUGUUUUGGCCAAAAUAUAUGAUUUCGAAAAACAAACAGCGUUUUCUAAAAAUUACACAGUAUCUGAUACGUAUGCGUAAACUGAAACUACGACGACAAAAGUUGAUAGUACCGCUAUCGCGUAAGAUCGAGCGAAGAGAAGCGCGACGAGAACAGAAGGCAUUGAUUGCUGCUAAAAUUGAUAAUCAUAUUGAAAAAGAGUUGAUGGAGCGUUUGAAAAGCGGCACUUAUCAAGAUAUCUAUAAUUUCCCACAAACAGCAUUCAAUAAAGCAUUGGAAGCGGAAGAGGUGGAAGAUGAAGAGGUAAGCGAAGAUGAGGAGCAAGAAGUUGAAAAAGAAAUGGAAGUGGACGAAGAUGUACGACGUGAGUUAUUGGAUGAAGAGUUUGUUGAAGCGAAUUCAGAGGACGAAGAAGAAGAUAGUAAUGAUGAAGCAGAUAGUGAUUCCGGCGAUCGGGAAGAAAUUGAGGUCGACAGCGAUUUCGCAGCUUCCGAUAGUGAUGAUGAUGACGCUGACGACAUUGAGGAUACACCCGCGCCCGGUGCUUUCGUACGUGCUCCAGCGAAAUCAAGUAAAAAGACAACCGCGGACGCGCCUAGCAGCAGUAAAACAGCGAAACGUCGUCUCAAGAAACCCAAGGUGGAAAUCGAAUAUGAAAUGGAAACUGAAACUGCUGCAGAGAGGCAAAGGCUACAUAACUGAGGUAUACGUCUACCGAGUCCAAUUGUCGGUAGCUCCCUUAAUUACUUACUGCGUUAGCGAAGUUGUGGCAUUAAUUGUAGUAAUGCAUUUUUUAAAUCAUUCUAGUGGUAUCAAUUUGUAUGUGUAUAUGUGUAAAA